GAAGAUCCAUAGACUGUCAAAGUUAUUCAUUACGCUUCCGGAGUGUGGAAGAGUUUAUUUGUUUAGAAUAUUUUUUUUACAGAAAAAGUUUCCUUUCAGUAUGGGCAAAAAGCAGCACCAGAAAGAUAAAUUAUACCUGACAACAACAGAAUGGAAAAAUGAGUGGGGUGGCUAUAAAGGAACUCAAAACACUGGACAAAAUGCUCGGUUUCGUCGCCUACCAUUUCACUCCUGCAGUCUUUCAAUGCAGCCAUUUGAACAUCCCCUGUGUAUGAAGGAUGGUGUUAUUUUUGACUUGAUGAAUAUUGUUCCUUUCUUAAAAAAGUAUGGACUUAAUCCAGCCACUGGAGAGAAAAUGAGUGCUAAGGACCUUAUCAAGUUAACAUUCCACAAAAACUCAGACGGGAAAUACCACUGUCCAGUGACCUACAAGGUGUUCAAUGAAAACUCCAACAUCGUGGCAAUCAGACAGUCUGGCAACGUUUACGCUCUAGAAGCUGUAGAAAGGUUGAAUCUGAAGACCAACAACUUAAAAGAUCUGAUCACAGAUGAACCGUUCACGAGGAAAGAUGUCAUCACUAUUCAGGAUCCUACAGAGCUGGAAAAGUUUAAUCUUGCUAACUUCUACCAUAUUAAAAACAACUUGAAGGUUUUGGAUGAAGAGGAGGAAGAGGCAAAGAAGGAUCCGCGAUUUCACCUGAAGACGAUUAACAGCGUAACAAAAGAAGCUCUCGAUGAACUGGAGAGAGACUACAAACCGUCAACCAUCUUGGACCCACAAGAGACUGAAAAGAGGAAGCUUGACAAAUUCAAUGCAGCUACAUAUUCCACGGGUAUGGUGGCAGCCUCCUUCACCUCAACAGCCAUGGAUCGACAGACACAGCAAGUAGCUGCUCUGAUUGAUGAGGAUUUGCUGCGGUACGAACGCGUGAAGAAGAAAGGCUAUGUGAGGAUGAUGACCAGUAAAGGCCCUCUCAACCUGGAAUUGCAUUGUGAUAUGAUUCCAAAGGCAUGUGAAAACUUCAUGAAGCUGUGUUCCAAGGGCUACUACAAUGGAACAAUCUUUCAUCGGUCAAUCAGGAAUUUUAUUAUACAAGGUGGUGACCCAACAGCGACUGGAAAAGGUGGUGACUCUGCUUUUGGUGGGCCGUUCAAGGAUCACUUCAAACCGAACCUCACUCACACCGGCCGUGGUGUCCUCAGCAUGGCAAACAGCGGCCCCGACACCAACAAGUCACAAUUUUUCUUCACGUACCGGUCAGCCAGACAUCUUGAUGGCAAGCACACAGUUUUCGGCAGAGUUGUUGGCGGUAUGGAGACGAUUGACAAAAUGGAAAAAGUUGAGGUGGACAAGAAAGAUCGUCCAAAAGAAGAAAUAAGAAUUGAGGAAUGCAUUGUCUUUGUGAACCCGUUCGAUGAAGCUGAUGAGAUGUUGCAACAAGAGCGUGAUGAUGAAGUGGAGAGAGAAAAGAAUGCCAAGGAAGCCGAGUUGAAGAAGAAAAUGAGGAAGAAGAUGGACGAGGAAGGACAAAAAGUGUUCAAAACCGGAGUCGGCAAAUACAUCAACAUCCCUCACAUAAAACGACAGAGCGAAGAAGUAACUCCAAGUCCUUCAGAAAGUGCCAAGAAGAAAACAAAAACAAAAACAUCUUAUGGAUUUGGGGACUUCAGUGCCUGGUGACGUGCGAUAUCCAUAACAGUAUUUCUUACAGACUGGUUCUGUAAACAAGCACACCUCAAUUACUUGAUGUAUAUCUCUGUUAACAGCUUGCAGAAUCUCAUGUUAUACACAGUGGAAUGGUACAUUUGGAAGUUAAACUUGAAGAAUGCAACCAAUAUUCCUCACAAUGGUUGCUGCUCUCUGACAUUUAAGAAGCAUGUUGACAUUGUUAUUGUAGUGAAUAUGAUACAGUGCUCAAGAUGGUUGUACACAGAAGUUCAACUUAUAUGUAUAUCGAACAUGGUUGACUUAGUAUAUCAAGCAUGUUUCAUGACAGAGAAUCUUUGCAGCCAUGAAAAGGGUGCACAUCAAGAGAGUCAUUAAUGGGGAUUCGGGGUGUGUGAACACAUCCCUGUAUGUGUUUGUGUGGAGAGGGCCAUGCAGUCAAAUAUAACAUGGAUAUUGGUUGCUGUGAAUGGGCAUCAUGGAUGAAAUCAUUAUACCAUAAAGUGGAUCCGGUGGAGGGUAACAUCAAAUACAGUGUAUAUCUUUUAAUAUAUUGAGAGAUCCCCUUUACAUAUAGCCCAUGUAAUGCCUGUUCAAGGGUGGAUAAUUAAAGUUACAGUCUCUGGUUACCAUAUUAUAACAUCAUGUACAGAUAUGAAACACAAGCUCAAAUGCACUUUUUAAAAACUUGUGUGUGUUCGCUAUGAACAGAUAUCGUCAAAAGUAUAAGCUCGAUUCGUCGCCUGUGCUGCCAUAGCUCGGCAAAGCACAAACAACAGCCUGUUGUCAGUUUCAAUUAACAUGUGCGUUUUGCCAAUUUCAAAUUGUAGGGUUUGUCUCAAAAAAUUAAAAGAGAAAUCUUGCGCUGUACGAAGAACGUUCGGUUGAGGAUACGGUACUUGAGUCUUUCGUUAAAACCGGUUUGAUCUUGACAACAUAUU